AUCUACAGAGGCAGUCGAUAACACAGAACAAUCGAUCAAUGCAGCAGCGCCAAAGACAACGACGGAAACGUUUGUUAGUAAUAUUUCGUUGUUUUUGCGCGACGGUUGUAUUUGGUUUGGCACUCGCCUGCGUCACUUAUACGCUACACACAAUGGGCUGGUUUAUUGCCGUGCUCGUUGCGCUCAUCGCCCUGCUGCUAACAAGGCCAGGCUGGCGCUGGUUUUACAUUGCGGGAGCAACAGCCAAGCGAGACUUAACCGCGCUGCGUGCUUACAUUAAAUUGUUGCGCUACACGAAACGGCAUGAGAAACUGAACCACACAGUGGCCGAUGUCUUCGAAUCAAAUGUGGCGGCACAUCCAGACAAGUUGGCCAUUGUGAGCGAAACUCAGCAAGUCAGUUUCCGUCAGCUGGACGAGCAUGCCAAUCGUGUGGCGAAUGUCCUGCAAGCGGAGGGCUAUCAGAAAGGCGAUGUGGUGGCGCUGCUGCUCGAGAAUCGUGCCGAGUUUGUGGCCACCUGGCUGGGUCUAUCCAAAAUCGGCGUCAUCACCCCACUGAUCAACACAAAUCUGCGUGGUCCCUCACUGCUGCACAGCAUCACUGUCGCCCAUUGCUCGGCCCUCAUCUAUGGCGAGGACUUUGUUGAGGCUGUGGGCGAUGUGGCCAAGCAGUUGCCCUCAAACAUCAAACUCUAUCAGUUUAAUAACGAGAACAACAACACCAAGACGCCAACGGACGACUUAAAGCAUGCCAAGAAUCUGAAUACGUUGCUCGCUUCUGCCAGCCCCAAGAAGCCCACGAAAUUAUCGCAAGUUACGCAUCACGACAAGCUCGUCUAUAUCUAUACAUCGGGCACGACGGGUCUGCCCAAGGCGGCAGUCAUUUCCCACUCGCGCUAUCUGUUUAUUGCCGCAGGCAUUCACUACACGAUGGGCUUCCAGGAUGAUGACAUCUACUAUACGCCUUUGCCGCUCUAUCACACGGCUGGCGGCAUUAUGUGCAUGGGCCAGGCUGUCCUCUUCGGAUCCACCGUCUCCAUACGCAAGAAGUUCUCCGCCUCCAACUAUUUUGCUGACUGCGCUAAAUACAAAGCAACGAUUGGUCAAUAUAUUGGCGAAAUGGCACGUUAUAUAUUGGCCACCAAACCGUCUUCACAUGAUCGUGCGCAUCGCGUGCGUCUGGUAUUUGGCAAUGGUCUGCGUCCACAGAUCUGGCCGCAGUUUGUAGAACGUUUUAACAUUGCCAAGGUGGGAGAAUUCUAUGGCGCCACUGAGGGAAAUGCGAACAUCAUGAAUCACGACAAUACAGUGGGAGCCAUUGGGUUCGUCUCGCGUAUAUUACCAAAAAUCUAUCCCAUAUCCAUAAUUCGCGCCGAUCCGGACACGGGCGAGCCCAUACGCAACAGCCAAGGACUCUGUGAGUUGUGCGCGCCCAACGAGCCGGGUGUGUUUAUAGGAAAGAUCGUCAAAGGCAAUCCCUCUCGUGAAUUUCUGGGCUAUGUGGAUGCCAAGGCAUCGGCGAAGAAAAUCGUCAAGGAUGUGUUUAAGCAUGGCGAUAUGGCCUUUCUGUCUGGUGAUUUGCUCGUUGCCGACGAGAAGGGAUAUUUGUACUUCAAGGAUCGCACUGGGGACACAUUCCGCUGGAAGGGCGAGAACGUGUCGACCAGCGAGGUGGAGGCGCAGGUCAGCAACGUAGCCGGCUACAAGGACACUGUCGUCUACGGUGUGACCAUACCACAUACGGAAGGACGCGCCGGCAUGGCUGCCAUCUAUGAUCCACAAGGAGAACUGGACUUGGAUGUGUUUGCCACAAAUCUUGCCAAAGUGCUGCCCAGCUAUGCACGCCCACAGUUUCUACGACUGCUUACCAAGGUGGAUUUGACGGGCACCUUCAAGCUGCGCAAAGUGGAUCUACAAAAGGAAGGCUACGAUCCAGCCACAAUCAAGGAUGCGAUCUAUUAUCAGACCUCAAAGGGUCGUUACGAACUGCUGACGCCCGAGGCCUACGCAGCAGUGCAGCGCAAUGAGAUACGUUUCUAGAACCGUUUGGCGAGCUAAAGACAUUGGACUUUUUUUAAGAAAAUAAUGGUGUUGUGUUUAGGGGUUUGCCCCAAUGUAUGCUGUUAAUUAAUAUGUAAGCAGGUCGAGUUUAGACUUAGAACGCAAUUGAUUUACCAUUUCCAGACCAGAGUUGCACUUUUUUAUAUAUAUAUUAACGAUACCACUUGCUAUACACAUAUGUAUGUUUUCUCUAUUAAUAGGAAACGCACUCUGUGCCUUUUAAACAUUUCUUUGCGUUUAGUGGUUAUUGCAUUUGAAUAUUUUAGAACAAUUCUGCUAAAAUGUUGUCUAAGUGCGUUUAUUUUGUGUAAGGUCAGAACGGCAAAUAGUUUGUACAACAAUUUUUCGGCUUGAGAACAAAUAUAAAGCUAGAACUUAAAAUUCUAUAAUUUUCUGCUAAGAAAUGAAAUUAUUUUUGGUUCACUAUGUAUAUCAUCCCAACUUGUACGAUAAUACAAGUUUGUGUGCAAAAUAUUUCCUUGUCUGGCCGCGCCUUAACAUAUGGUCAGGCAGGCAAAUAAUUUGCACACAGACUUGAAAUAACAAGAUUCAUGUCAUCGACAAAUUUGUGUGCAAAUAUUUGCAUGUCUGACUGCAAAUUUAAGAUAUGGUCACGCAGGCAAACAUUUUGCUCACAAAUGUGUCGAUGUCAUUUUAGAGCGUUAAGAAUUCCAUGCUAAAAUGUAAAAUUCUCCAACAAACAACUUCUUAAAACACCACAAACUUGUGUGCAAUAAUUUGCCUGUUUGGCCGUAGAUUUAGUUUGUAGUAGCGUCGAGUCUUUUGUACACAUAUUGUGUUUGUAAAAAAUAAAGUUAUUUACUUUUAUGUAUGUAAAUACUUAUGUGUGCACGCGUAGCCGCAAGGCUCGUCAAUAGCAAAUUCUCUGAUAUCAUAAUAAAGUUUUUCAAUCUCCACAUAGAAA